AGACGGAUCGCACAAUAGGAAGAGAUCCGAACACAAUAGCUGGAAUCGUCAAGUGAAUCCACACAAUAGCUGGAUUCGUCAAGUGAAUCCGGAUAGCGUUGUCCCCGACUGUCGGCUUUUCCGGCAGACAUAUCAAAACUCUUUCUUUCGGACUUCCUUCGACAAAUAACCAUGGAAGGCCUAUCCAUCAUGGACUCAUGUUGUUCGUGCAAUCCCGCGUCCAAGCUUGUUCACCAGCCAAAGAAACGGCGCUUCUCACAAAUCGGAGCCCUUCAGACUCCGAAGCGUCGGCGUCUCCAUCCCAAAUUAGCCAUUUCGACCUCCCUCAACGCCCGAAACCGCAUCUCCAAGCCUCUCGACCGCUUUCAUCUCUUUCCCCGCCUCCCACCCGAGCUCCGGGAAAAGGUCUGGAAGGAUGCUAUGCCCCCACAAGUCCUCACCUGGCGUCAGCACCAACCCGUCCCGGCAGCUCUCCACACAUGUUACGAGUCCCGCACCCUCUGGCUCGAGACGCACACCAUCUCGCACUGGAAGACCAACGUCUUCGACCGCCACACCGCGUUCAUCUCCAGCUCCUCCGACAUCAUGUACUUCCCCGGCGUCAUCCCAGCUUUCAAAGACUGGACCGAGAUCCCAAAAUCGAUUGAUAUGGUGACGGGCAGGGUGACCCUUGGCAGGUGGCUGCAUGAUGUGAAGAGACUGGCAAUUCCAUACGAGGCGGCGAUCAGGGAGUUUGGGUUUAAUGGCGGGUCGAUGAGGGUCCCUCCACCUCCACCUCCACCUCCACCUGCUUGGGUCAAGGAUGCACUACCUGUUGGUCCGUGGAAGAAAUUGCUUUCCCGGUGCCCAAAGCUGGAGGAGCUGGUGGUCGUGAUGGGAGUCGAGAGGAAGGGGCGAAUGAGCGGGAUUGAGAGUGAGGGGCAGUGGGAGGAAGUUAGUUCUGUCAAGCUUCCGGUUGAGCCUUGGGGGUGGCGCUGGGAGUUGCCGAAUUUUAGGGUGAAUGGUUGGAAGGCGGAGAGGUUGUCGAGGGUGAGGGAGUUGGAGGUUAGGUUUGUUAGGUUGGAAAGAGACUGGCAGGGACAAUCAAUGUAGCAUGAGAGCUUGGGACAAUUGAAACUGGGCCUGGGCGAUUGUCACAGGAAUGGCCUGGGACAUUCACAUUUGGAGUCUGGCGAAUCGUAUUUAAAUGAUCGGGAAAUUCCGGUUGAUCGAAUGGAAUGGUUCAGGAGGCAGCGGAACAAUGCCAACGCAGCAAGCAAUGAAUCAAAUGAAUCGAUGAGAGAUU